GGACGGUCCGGCGUUUUCCCCAACAUUUUACUGGUGGCUGGCCUCGGUUGACAUUCUUGAAACAGUUGACCGACAUGGCCGCCGCUGCUGCCCGUGCGUUGAAUGGAAUUGCCAAGCUUGCCGGCGUUGUUGGUGUCGGGGGGUUCGUUGCGCAAAACUGCCUUGUCGAUGUUGACGGCGGCCAGCGCGCUGUAAUCUUCGAUCGUCGAAAGGGUCUUCGUGACGACAUCAAGGGGGAAGGCACGCACUUUAUCAUCCCUUACGUCGAAGAUCCACGCAUCUUGGACAUCCGCACCGCUGCGCACGAAAUUCCCUGCAGCACGGGUACCAAGGAUUUGCAAACCGUCAACCUUCGCCUGCGUAUCAUGGUCCGCCCGGACGAACUGUUCUUGCCCAAGAUCUACAGUGAACUCGGCCCAAGCUUUAACGAACGAGUGUUGCCGUCGAUCACGAACGAAAUCUUGAAGGGCGUUGUCGCGCAAUACAACGCCGACCAACUUUUGACUUCCCGUGAAAAGGUGUCGCGCCAAAUCUCGGAAGAACUCGCCGAACGCGCCAAGCAAUUCCACCUGUUGCUUGACGACGUGGCCAUCACGCACUUGACGUACGGCGCGGAAUUCACGAACGCCGUCGAGCAAAAGCAAGUGGCGUUCCAAGACGCGGAACGAUCCAAGUUCAUCGUGAUGAAGGCGGAACAAGAACGACAGGCUGCGAUUAUCAAGGCCGAAGGUGAAUCCGACGCCGCCAAAUUGAUUUCCGACGCCGUUGCCAAGAGCGGCAGCGGUUUUAUCGAAGUGCAACGCAUUGACGCUGCCCGCGAAAUCGCCGAGCACCUGUCCAAGAGCCGCAACAUUUCGUACUUGCCCAGCGGCAACGGCGGCGGCAUCCUGCUUGGGUUGAACGCUGACGCUUAAAAAAUGAAGUUCCUGUUAGAUAUCAAACGCUAGAUGUGCACCCCGAGGCCGCGCAAUAUCACUCAUCGCAACUCUAUUUCGCUUGAAGCACGAGGAUGCCUUGCUUGAUACUGCGUUCACGGUAAACAGUAGUAACUUCUGGGAAGAAGGCCGGGCGGCGUCGUUGUCCUAUGCGGACGAGGUCGGUUGCUGUCCUGAAGCCGCUUGCGCUUGUUGAGCUUCGUAAGCGCGCUGUCGCUCCGCGUUUCGCGAGUACAUCACUGUGAAACCUCGUGUGACAUCAUACAGCCCAAAGGCAGUGGCGCUCAAGAGCCCCGCGACAACGAUCUUGUGGGCGGCAUCGGCAACUUUGGUGGCGGCGGUCAUGAGGAACGGCAGGGAAGUCAGAUGUGG